GAUAGUUUUUGCCUGAAUAAGUGUUGAAUAUCUAAUGAGGAACAGUCUAUUUUUAGAACGCAGUUGUACAAAUAGUUGUUGUUGUUUCAAUCGUCGGAAUGUUAAAAUCGUUUAAAGUUUGUUGUGUCUCUGGUUUAAAAUAGUGUGUAUACUCAAAAGUCAUUAAGAUUUAAGUUCACUUUUGGGGAGCUGCUUUUCAUCCUGGGUUCUGUUUCUAUGUUUUUUAUUUUGUUUAAAAGUUAAUUUUCAAGUGUUUUAACCAUGGAUAUUAUAAAUACAUAUAAAAAUUAUAUGUAUCCAUGGUUUUAACCUUACCCACAGUUUAGAUUUAAUUUAAAGAUUGAAAUGACAUUCAAAUUGUCCGGGAAAAAAUGAAAACUUUGAAGAAAUGUGACUGGAGUUGGAUGGUAUUGUUUGGUUCGUUCCUGGCGUUCUUCAUCGCAGACGGAUGGUCGUAUACUGUCGGGAUGUUGUACCCACAACUCGUUUCAGAGUUCGGUGAAUCGAGGGGUGUAACUUCCUACGUGAUUACCUUGCUUUACGGAGUUCCUAUGAUUCUCAGUCCGCUGGCCUGCUCAGCCGUUCCAGUCAUUGGUUGCCGGAAGUUAGGAGUUUUUGGUGGUAUAGUGAUGUGUCUUUCAAUAUUUGUAGCUUCAUUUUUUAAUUCUUUUUGGUCAGUUUUGUUAGCAUUAGGAAUCUUCACAAGCGUGGGACUGGUGGCUGUUUAUGUGUCUGCAUAUGUGGCUGUUACUUAUUGGUUUGAUGAGAAAAACAGAGGACUUGCAACAGGCAUUGCAGUUGCUGGGUCUGGAUUGGGUUCUGUUGUAUUUCCUCAAUUGAUUGAAUGGCUGCUGACAAUGUACACGUGGAGAGGAAUGCUUAUAAUAAUUGCUGGAUGCUGUCUCAACGCUGCCAUAUCAGGAUGUCUUUAUCGACCGUUUCCAGUUUCAGCAGAUGAAAAAAAUGUCUCAAAGAAAGAAAAAGCUGAAGAAAGAUAUUGUUUAAAGAAUUUUUCUAGCGAUGCAUCAGAAACAGCAGAUCCAAUUCCAAAUGAAAGUUUUUCUCAAGUUAGUUCAAUCUGCCAAGUUAUCAGGGACAGUCUUCCAAAUUGUGCUCUGUUGAGAAACAAAGCUUUCCUCCUAUUUUGUAUUGCCAACUUAAUCCUUUACCUGUGGAUCAGCAUGCCUUAUGUUUACAUUUAUGAUCUUGCUGAGCAAUCAGAUGUUGAUCCUAAGAAGUCUGCAUGGAUUUUAUCUUCCAUUGGACUUUCAAGAACCGUUGGUCAAAUUUUAAUUGGGUUAUUUGGAGAUAAAGUUAAAAUUAGUCCAAAUUUGAUUUUGGGGAUCUGUGUUGUCUGUGCAGGCAUUUCAGUUUCCUUCAUUACAUUCUCAAAACUCUACCCUCUCCUCUUAGUUUGCUGUUGUGCAUUUGGUUUCUUUUCCAGCUCAACUUACGUUCUGCCAAUGAUUUGCAUGGGGGAAGUAAUUGGGAUGGAUCAAGCAGUGCCUGGCUUAGGAGUUCUUCAGUUUGUUCAGGGUAUUGCUACAUUGUCUGGAACGCCACUUGGAGGCUGGAUGCAUGAUAGCAUUGGAAAUUAUAAUGCCAUAUUCUUCAUAUCCGGUAUUUUAAUUGCCUUCUCUGGAUUCAUAAUCUCUCUAAUUCCCUGGAUUCUCAAGUUGACUCCAAGAAAUGGUAACAUUGGCAGCAAUAAUGAUAAUGUUGGCAGCGUGAAUGUGCAAAAGAGAACGUGCAAUUGAUAUGAUCUUGUUUCUCUUCCACUUAUUAAUUUUCUUAAUCAGGUUUUGAAGCAUUUUUUGAGUCAGUAAAAAAACGAUUUUUAUUAGAGUCUUGAAUCGAC